AUGUUACAGACAUCUCGAGUCAGCUGACCACUUCUUACAUCGUAUUGUUUUCAGUAUUAUUUUUUCAAAAUAGCUUUUUAAAACACCACUUGACAUACAAUACCUGUUAAAAUGACUUCGGUAUCUGGAAGUGAAGAUCUGUUUGACUGCAUUCUCAUGGCGGACGACAGGUUCCACGGGGAGGGGUUUCAAGAGGGUUUCAAGGAGGGCACCCGCCAGGGAAUGGUUGAGGGAAAGAACCACGGUGCCACUCAUGGUGCCAAACUUUCAGCAGAGGUGUCCUUCUACUAUGGGUUUGCUUUCACUUGGAAGUGUCUUCUUCAGAACAACACAGAUGCCAAAGCCAGGAAAAGGCUGAAGACUCUUGAGUCUCUAACUGGAUUUAUUCAGCGUUUCCCUCAUUAUGACCCUCAAUAUGAAAACCUCCAAGAGGACAUGGAGAAGGUCCGAGCCAAGUUUAGACAGGUCUGCUCCCUGCUGAAUGUACCAACAGAUUUCAGGGAGUAUGUCACCGCAUCGGAAGGGAUGUCAUUCUGAAGGGAAAACCAACCUAUUCAGGAAUCUCAGACAAUAGAGAAGCGCUCUCUGGUUGUGGCAUGCCGGAAGGGAACGCCACAGUGUGGGGUGUCCUCUGGUUGUGCUGGAGUAUUUAUGCUCAGUCCAGUGUGCCUGAUGUUGGCGGUGCCAGAGUUCUGCAGUGAAAUCUGAAGUGUUGCUGAUUGCCAAUACAUAAGCAAAGAGGCAAGCUGAGCAAGUCUAUUUAAGGUUGGAGGUGUCUUUACUCAGUGACACACUGUUUUAUUGUGAAGUUUGGUCACAAUUGAAGUAGUGAUAGGUACUUUUGUGGAGCAGUAACUGAAAUUUAAAGGCUUGUUUUAAUCUGUAGCCAUCUUUUUUAAAACUGUGAAGGACCAUAUAUCAAUACAUAGUCAGAAAUACCUUUUAUAUUUAUACACACACAC